GUUAGUCCGGCCUAGGACAACGAGCCCUGACCAAAUACACGUCAAUUUCAGGGUUAACUUGUUUGAAAUAAGGGAUAUUUGACAAAUGACUAUCGCCAUUGUCUUUUCUGUGUCAGUGCACUAUCUCGUUCAAGUUCCUCUUCCUCUCAUCCUUGUCUCCCCUCCUUUUUUGUCUAAGAAAAGAAGAGGGGCAUUGGCCAACAGGGACAUGGGCGAGAAAAGCACCAUCGCAAUAACAUCCUCAUUAUUACCACCAAUACUCAAUCCUUAUCGCUUCAUUGUAAGCAGAAUGAAGGCACACUGUAAAUAUAAAGAUACGUGUUCGAGCUUUUGAGAGAAUGGUGUUCUCUCGCAUAGCAUGAGGUCGUCCUAUUUGCCAUCAUGUUAUGAUUUGUCAUGCCAUUUCAACCGCGUGUUUUGUAUAUCUUUGAAAACGCGAAAAAUACUAUGUCUAUACUCAAUUGAAAGUAAACAGAUCACAUAUUACCGCUAGGCACAGGGUCAUUGGGUGCUUUUGGGAGGUAAAGGGAUGAAUGGAUGUACCGCUGCACGCAUGGUG